CAAAAUUUUUAAUGAUUCCUUUUUCUUUUCUCAGUGUUUUCUGAAACACUGAACUCCUGUUCAUGCAAUUCUUUUGUCAUCUGUUUUGAUUUUUUCCUUUUUUUUUUUUGAGCCGUUUGGAUUGAAGGAAAAUCAAGAUGUUGGAGGAUCAGGUCGCGUAUCUGUUGCAGAGCUAUCUGGGGAAUUACGUGAUUGGUCUCAAUAAAGAAGCUCUCAAGAUCAGUGUUUGGAAAGGUGAUGUCGAGCUUACAAACAUGCAGUUGAAGCCAGAGGCACUAAAUGCAUUAAACUUGCCUGUGAAGGUCAAGGCAGGAUUUCUUGGAUCGGUUAAACUGAAGGUUCCAUGGAGCAGGCUUGGCCAGGAUCCAGUUUUAGUUUACCUGGAUCGCAUCUUUCUCUUAGCUGAGCCAGCAACUAUAGUAGAGGGGUCUAGUGAAGAUGCAGUUCAAGAAGCAAAGAAAAACCGAGUGCGGGAGAUGGAAAUUAAACUGUUGGAGAAGACACAUCAACUGAAGUCAGAAAUGAAUAAAUCGUGGCUGGGAUCCCUUAUUAGCACCAUAAUUGGGAAUUUAAAGCUUUCUAUCUCAAAUGUCCACAUCAGAUAUGAGGAUUUUGAGAGCAAUCCUGGUCACCCUUUUGCUUCUGGUCUAACCUUGGAGAAACUAUCAGCAGUUACAGUUGAUGAUAGUGGGAAGGAAGCUUUUGUCACUGGGGGUGCGCUAGACCAUAUACAGAAGUCCGUUGAACUGGACAGACUUGCUCUUUACCUUGAUUCAGAUGUUUUGCCAUGGCAUAUUGACAAGCCAUGGCAGGAUUUACUUCCUUCUGAGUGGGUUCAGGUUUUCAGAUAUGGUACAAAGGAUGGCAAACCAGCAGAUUGUCCUUUGAAAGAACACACUUAUAUCCUGCAACCAGUGAUUGGGAAUGCAAAAUACUUGAAGCUGCGUCAGAGCACUGAUAGCCAUGAGCCUCUACAGAAAGCCACUGUCAAUUUGGAUGACGUGACUCUUUGUUUGUCAAAGAAUGGAUACAGGGAUGUUCUGAAAUUGGCUGAUAACUUUGCUGCCUUUAAUCAAAGGUUAAAGUAUGCACAUUACCGUCCAUCUGUCUCAGUGAAAUCAGAUCCAAGAUCUUGGUGGAAGUAUGCUUAUAGAGUUGUUUCUGACCAGAUGAAGAAAGCUAGUGGGAAGUUGUCUUGGGAGCAGGUUCUCAGGUAUGCAAGAAUGCGAAAGAGAUAUAUUUCCCUAUAUGCUUCACUGCUUAAAUCCGAUAUCAGUCGGCCAGUGGUUGAUGACAAUGAGGAAAUUGACGAUCUAGAUCGUGCACUUGAUAUUGAUCUUAUACUGCAAUGGAGAAUGUUGGCACACAAGUUUGUUGACCAGUCAAUAGAAUCAUACAACUUGAAGAAGCAAAAAUCUAAAAGAUCAUGGUGGUCGUUGGGGUGGGGUAGUCAAUCGUUUAAAGAUGAAAGUGAAUCAUUCCAUUUCACACAGGAGGACUGGGAGCAAUUAAAUAAAAUCAUAGGGUAUAAGGAAGGUGAUGAUGAACAGUCACUAAUAAUGACUGAGAAACCAGAUAUUCUUCAGAUGUCACUGGAUGUUCACAUGAAACAUAAUGCUUCAAAGCUUCUGGAUGGGGCCCUGGAAAGUCUUGCUGAGUUAUCAUGUGAUGGCCUUGAUUGCUCCAUUAAGCUUUACCCAGAGACAAAAGUUUUUGACAUGAAACUGGGGUCAUAUCAAUUAUUAUCUCCAAAUGGUCUCCUUGCUGAGAGUGCAACUACUUCAGACUCUUUAGUUGGUGUUUUCUGCUAUAAGCCUUUUGAUGCUCAAGUGGACUGGAGCAUGGCUGUUAAAGCGUCUCCAUGUUAUGUGACUUAUCUCAAGGAUCCCAUCAAUGAAAUUAUCAAGUUUUUUGAAAGCAGUACUGCUGUUAGUCAGACCAUUGCAUUGGAAACUGCUGCUGCUGUACAGAUGACAAUUGAUGGAGUCAAGCGUACUGCUCAGCAACAAGUCAACAGGGCCUUGAAGGACCAAGUGAGAUUUCGGCUGGACUUGGAUAUUGCGGCACCCAAGAUUACAAUUCCAACUGAAUUUCGACCAGAUAACACACAUCCAACCAAACUUCUUCUUGACUUGGGAAAUUUAGUCAUUCGUUCACAGGAUGACAAUCCAAGGGGAUCUUCGUCGAAGCUGGAUUUGUAUUUGCAGUUUGAUUUGGUUUUAAGUGAUGUCUCUGCCUUUUUAGUCGAUGGUGAUUAUUAUUGGGCUCGAACUUCUCCAAAUAAAUCUGAUGGGACUUCUCACAUGAAAGGUGUUAGUAUCUUCCCUGUUAUAGACAAAUGUGGGGUGGUCUUAAAGCUUCAACAGAUUCGAUUGAAGAACCCAUCCUAUCCGUCAACAAGACUUGCCAUAAGGUUGCCAUCAUUAGGGUUUCACUUUUCUCCAGCUCGAUAUCAUCGAUUAAUGCAGGUAAUUAAGAUCUUUCAAGAGGAGGAUAGUGAGAGCUCAAAUCUUCUUUCCCCUUGGAAUCAAGCUGACUUUGAGGGUUGGUUGUCUGUUCUUACCAGGAAGGGUGUGGGAAAUAGAGAAGCUGUGUGGCGGCGACGAUACUUAUGCUUAGUGGGACCUUUUCUUUAUAUUCUUGAGAGUCCUGAUUCCAAGUCUUAUAAGCAAUACCUCAGCUUGCGAGGAAAACAAAUAUGUCAAGUUCCAGCGGAAUUGGUUGCUGAAGUAGAUUCUGUAUUGGCUGUUUGUGAUGCAGCACGAUCAAAUAACAAGGUUGUUGAAGAUGUGAAUGCUUUAAUAUUGGGUUGUGAUUCUGAUGAUUCAAGGAAGGCAUGGCAAAGCCGCUUGCAGGGGGCUAUAUAUCAUGCUUCAGUAUUGCAGUUUCCAAUUGCAUGAAGGGUUAUGUUUCAGUUUUAUUUAACAUCUAGUAUUCUUUAUCAGUGGAUGGAUGAUGCCGAUUCCUACUGAAAUGAUUCCGUCAUAACUAACUCUUCAUUAUUGUUGUAAUAUAUCAUUAUGAUUCCA